UAAACCUAGUGGGGGUCCAGUCAACUCUCGUUUCUGAACAGUACAGUUGUUCUACUUCGGUUAGACCUUAACAAUUUAUUCAUAAGAAAAUGGUUCACUACAAGUUAAUUUACUUCAAUCUGCGUGGGCGUGGUGAGCUUGCUCGAUUGGUCCUCCAUCACCAGGAAGUCGCUUUCGAAGAUUUCCGUUUUGAGCGCGAAGAAUGGCCCAAAUACAAAGCCGGCACACCCUUCGGUCAAGUUCCUGUUUUGGAAGUGGACGGCAAGCCGUUGGCUCAGUCGAACGCUAUUGCCAGAUACCUUGCACGGCAACACGGACUUGCAGGCCAAAAUGAGUGGGAACAAAGCCAGGCUGAUAUGUACGUCGAUUGCAUCUAUGAUUUGAUUUCAGGAACCCGACCAAUCAUCUAUGAAACGGACAAAGAGAAACAAAAGGAAAUAUUGCAAAAGUUUCUCAAAGAGACGGUGAACCCACACUUGGAAAAACUGGAACAACAACUGAUAAAGAACGGCACCGGUUUCUUGGUCGGCAAAUCGAUCACGUGGGCGGACCUGGCUUACUACUCGUUCUUCUCUCCGAUGACUGAGCGUUUCGGCGAUUCCGUCAUCGACAAUUCUCCCCAUCUAAAGAAAUUGGUUGAGCACGUUGCCAAUAUUCCACAGAUCAAGAAAUAUGUCGAGACUCGCCCCAAGACCACUCUUUGAAACUGACAACGAAUAAUUCAAAAACUACAUUUAAUAAUUUCUCCCAACAACCAAUAAAAAACUUUGGUAUUGAAUUA